AUGUUUGGCCCUACCGUUGGGGAUCGGGUGCGUCUUGGCGACAGCGCGCUGAUUAUUGAGGUAGAAGCAGACCACACCCGUUACGGCGAUGAAGUAAAGUUUGGUGGCGGUAAAGUGAUUCGGGAUGGCAUGGGGCAAAGCCAGCGAACUUCUGAACAUGUUGUUGAUACGGUCAUUACCAACGCCUUGAUCGUGGAUCACUGGGGUAUUGUUAAGGCUGAUGUGGGUAUUAAGGCAGGCAGAAUAUUUGCGCUUGGCAAAGCGGGAAACCCUGAUACCCAGGCUGGUGUCGAUAUCGUGAUUGGCCCCGGCACCGAAGUGAUCGCCGGCGAAGGUCAGAUCCUAACCGCGGGCGGGAUCGAUGCGCACAUUCAUUUUAUCUGUCCACAGCAGGUGGACGAAGCAUUGAUGUCCGGCAUAACUACCAUGUUGGGGGGCGGUACAGGUCCGGCAACCGGAACCAACGCGACUACGUGCACCCCGGGACCGUGGAAUAUUCAUCGCAUGUAUCAGGCAGCAGAUUCGUUGCCGGUUAACAUCGGUUUUCUGGGCAAAGGUAACGCCAGUUUGCCCGAUGCUCUGAAAGAGCAGGUGGAAGUCGGCGUGAUGGGUUUGAAGCUACAUGAAGAUUGGGGCACAACCCCGGCGUCUAUAGAUAAUUGUUUGAGUGUGGCAGAACAGUAUGACAUUCAGGUUGCGAUCCAUACCGACACCCUGAACGAAUCCGGGUUUGUUGAAGACACGCUGGCUGCAUUUAAAGGCCGCACUAUCCACACCUACCAUACUGAAGGAGCCGGCGGCGGGCAUGCGCCGGAUAUCAUCAAGGCGUGUGGUUCGGCUAACGUUUUACCUUCGAGUACCAAUCCAACACGACCAUAUACCGUGAAUACCAUUGAUGAACAUCUGGAUAUGUUGAUGGUCUGCCAUCACCUGGAUCCCAGUAUCCCCGAAGAUGUUGCCUUUGCUGAAUCCAGGAUUCGUCGGGAAACGAUAGCGGCAGAAGACAUUCUGCAUGAUCUGGGUGCAUUUUCGAUGAUCGCCAGCGAUUCACAGGCGAUGGGUCGUGUAGGCGAGGUUGUAUGCCGAACCUGGCAAACCGCGCACAAGAUGAAAACCCAACGUGGCCCGCUACCCGAAGACAGCAGUCGUGCCGACAACCAUCGUGUAAAACGAUACAUCGCCAAGUACACAAUCAAUCCCGCGCUUGCUCACGGCAUCGCCCAUGAAGUGGGUUCCAUCGCCGUAGGAAAACUCGCCGAUCUGGUGUUAUGGAAACCCGCUUUUUUUGGCACCAAACCCAGCCUGAUCAUAAAGGGUGGAUUUAUUUCCGCAGCGCCGAUGGGGGAUCCCAACGCGUCGAUACCCACCCCUCAACCGGUGAUGUAUCGACAGAUGUUUGGCGCGUUGGGCGCCCCGGAUAUUGAAGUGGACCCACAAACCUACGAAGUGCGGGCCGACGGUAAUUUGCUGACUUGUGAGCCCGCAACGGAGUUGGGAGUGGCUGGGUACGCUACCUUGCAGAUCAUGUGCUUGAUGGUAUGUGUGAACAGCUUGGUCUGGAGAUCAGGCACGAAGAUGAACCCUUCGAGCCGGAAGCUGGCGCGUAUGGACAUCAUCACCAUCAUGAGUGAUGUCCGUCUCUGGCAAUUGAUCAGUUCUACUUUGCCGGUUGGGGCUUAUGCUUAUAGUGGAGGACUGGAAACGGCUGUUGAACUUGGCUAUGUGAAUGACUUUAUGUCCUGCAAAGACUGGUUGGCUGGACUGCUCGGAGAGUCGUUUGCUUUCAAUGAUUUACCGAUGUAUUUCCGUCUCUACGAUCUGUGGGAAAAACAGGACCUUCAUGCAGUGGUGCAGGCUACCGAGAAGCUGCAGAGCCUGCGGGAAACUCAGGAGUUGCUGGCCGAAGACAGGCAGACCGGCGCUGCUCUGCAGCGACUGAUGCUGGACCUUGAUGUCGCUGAUGCCGGUGUCUUGCCGCAGCCAAGUUUUGCCACCAUGUUUGCGCUGGCCUGUGUUCGUUGGGAUGUUACGCGCACUGACGGCGCUCAUGGUCUGGUCUGGGCCUGGCUUGAAAAUCAGGUUGCAGCCGCAAUCAAACUGGUGCCAUUAGGGCAAACCGAUGGACAACGUCUGUUGCUGCAGCUUACGUACGAAUUGCAACAGGCAGUGACCACCGCUGAUUUGUUGGAUGAUGCAGACAUAGGUCGCUCGCUGCCGGGCCUGGCGCUGCUGAGCAGUUGGCAUGAAACGCAAUACAGCCGAUUGUUUCGCAGCUGA